UCAAGCACUGCUUUUCAGAGCCCAUGGCGGCUCGCAUCCUUGCACUUUCAGCUCGCGGUCGUGUCGGCGCGCGGGAUGGGCAGGUUGAGUUUCGUUCAGUCGAGGCCCUCGCUUCUGCUGUGGAGGCAACUGGCAGGGCUGCGCAGGCACCGUUCGUCACCAGGGCCGUGCGACAAGCACGACGCGUGGACGACCUGUCGUGGUCGAGGUUCUCUGCAUUGGUCGCUCUCACUGGUGCUUGUUUUCAGGAGGGGGACUUCGGCCAGGCAGCCAUCAUGUUGGGAUUCCAGGAGCACCUACCCGAGCCUGAACUACGGCCUGAGCCUGAACCACGGCCCGAGCCUGAACCACUGCCUCUGCCUGAGCCUGAACAGCGACAGCCGCUGCGGCCCCCCCACAUCUUGAAGAGGCGCCUCCAGUGCACGAUCCAGGGCCUCAACAGGAAGGUGGCGCGCCGCGAUGAGACGAUCAAGAGCUUGACUCGAGAGGUGGAUCGGUUGAAGCAGGAGCUCAUCGAUAAGUCGCUGCGGAGAGGCCCGUGCGAUAGAUAUUUCAGCAUAGCUGGCGGCAUGAGAAUGGCGAUGAGGCGUUGCGUGAGCAACACGCCUGCAGCUGCCCUGGGUCUCGUGCUGGAAACUGACGUCUCGCACCAGACUGUAGCAACAUGGGAAUGCCACCUUCGAGCCGCAUUGAAAGCUGCAGGCCGUUCUUUCCACAACAAUAUGGCUUCUUGUAUCAAGAACAUUCACGAUGCUGCGCGCGCAGAUGGACCGCCAGCGCCAGCAGUGACAGUUUCUCUCCACGCGCUGCGCGGAGAUGCGACCAAUGCUCAAGUUUGGCAGAAGUCCAAGCUCCACACCCUGGAGUUGACCGCUGGGUACGUGAGUACGCCAAUUCAUGAGCACGAUACGUUGUCAUCGGUUCUCAAAAAUUUCAAAGUCAGGCGAGAGAUGGGAGACUUGCAGGUUGUUGGCAGGAGCACGACGCAGGGCACCCACGGCAUGAUAUUGAAGCAGCUGACAAGCACGUAUUCUAAGAGCUGGGUAAGCAGGACUAUCGAUUACAAUAUACUGGCUCUGCCUGCUGCGGAGCCCGAUCGCCUUCCACUUCCAGCAGCGCCGCUACCACAUGCAGACGGCGCCGCUCCUGCACACCUUGCACUUCCAGCAGCGCCGCCGCUACUUGCAGAUGGCGCCGCACUUGCCGCCGUGGAGAGCACCGCGAUUGCCGAGUGGGACCGAGCAGCACAGAUCGAGAUGCCGCACGUGGAGGUGUGGGCGUUCACAUCAGACGCAGGCUCCGAUGAAGUGGGGGCUCGCAAAUGGAUGCAUAGGGAAUGUGCUGGCAACGCGUGGUGCUGGGCGUUCGACGGCGACUGCCUCAUGCACCAGUUGCAUAUCAUGGCGAGGUCAGUCUUGGAAGAUUGCGACAUCAUGCUUAAAGAAUUGAUCGAGGCCCAGAACCGCGCCCGAGUGGCAGCGGGCGGAACAGCAGCAACCAUCAUACGGUAUUACGCGACGCUGGGGAAGAUUAUGCAUCUUUGGAGGGACAACGCCCGCGACAUGUUCACCAAUUGGGUGAAACAUUUCGGCGCCGUGAACGGGAUGACGUAUGCCCAGCAAAUACCGCCCAAGCCGCUUGUCGGCCGCUGGGGCAACACAACCCUUUGCGAGAAGCACCUUGAUAGAUGUCCUGGAAGGCAGUUGAGGCCGCUCUUGUUAUCAAUGCUCGCAGAUAGGAAAGAAGACUCGGAGAAGCUCGUUGCAAGUAUAUCAAAGAAGAUGGAAGCUUCUGGUGGUGAGCUCGACGAAAUGGGACAGGAGGAUAUGCAAGUGUACGCUAUGAGACAGAGCAAGUAUGCAAAGGAUGCAUCCGCUGGGGUACGAGAGGAUCUGUUCUGGGUGAUGGUAUCGGUCUCGCGCAAGCUCAAGGCCCCGUACGACCAUGCCUUACACUGCCUGAUGAAAUCGCAACCUGAACGCUCACCAUCCAGCCUGGCGUUGUUCACGUGGGGCAAGGCUGCCGAGAUCAAGCAAGAACUUGGCGGCCUGCUGCAGCGGAGCGCCUGGGAAGAUGUUAUGUGCAGAGCUCCUGUUGAUAUCCGUGGCUUGUUGUGGACUUGGAUCAAGAGACUUGUUGUAAGGUGCAUCGUCGACUACGAGCGACGCAUCACGCCGAGGGUCACUUCCUAUCCGUACAAGCUUCUACUCAUGGUAAAAGAAGAGGCAGGAGCCCAAUGCGAUGAGCGGAAAGCAGUGGCAGCUGAACUUUUGAACACACCAAUGGACAACCUCCAUAUAACAGCAGCCAAAGUGGUACAUAUGUUCCAGGCGGAGAUCAGAGAAGCUUCUCGGACGGGUGUGCUUAGUAUGCGAGUGUGGAUGCCUCUAUAUCUUGCUUCGGUCUUCUGGCGCGGAGACACGCAGGAGAUCGAGGGAGUGAACAACCUGCUACAGACCGUGGUUCGCCGAGCACCAUCCAUUGGGUUACCUCUUUUGGAUGCGCGGGUCGCAAUGCGAAAGACAGCAUGCUUGGGAGUUCGAGGCGCGUCCUUGAAGUGGACUGACGUUGCGCCCAGGGUGAACGCAGCUAUCGCCGAAGCUAUCGACCACGCUUCUGAGAUAGACAGUGUGCUCAACAUGCCGUUCCGUUUCAGCGUUCCUGAUCCGACGCUGGCAUUGUGCGACACAGGUGGAUCGAGGCCUACUGACCCAAAGGGCGACCCUGCAGCUCUCCUGUGGGGCCAACGGUACAAUCGCAAGUGGUUCAACCAGGUUAAGGCCGAAGGUAUCAAUGUGUUGCAGUUCGACGGAGACGAUCAUUGUUGGGUUCUUGCUCUCACAUACGGUUCUUCUGGCCACAUGGUCAAGUGCAAGCUCAACGCAGACGGCAGCGACCUCAGAGCAGUCACUCCUAUUGUUGUCGUAUCGUCAUUGGAUGUGUUCUCGAAGCUCUAUUCGAGGUGCGUCAAGCCACCUGAUGGAGCAGCAAAGCAAGUCAUCAAUGCACGUGUUCACCUGCGAGCUUGGGGCGAUUUGAGGAUCGAUACGUCUACAGAUGCUCCAUGUCCAGGGCGUGACAACGAGAUGCUGUUCGCACUCGACGAUUCGCCGCCAACUCCGAGGAGCAAGAAACCUGCUGCGCCGAGAAAGAAAGACAAGAAGGCAGCACUACCCGUUCAGGACGCACAGGCGCAACUUGGCUUCGAAUGUGACGAUGGGUUGACGGAAGAGCUGGAGAGGAUCCUCGAGGAGUUGGAGGGCCGCGACGAACCAACUAUGCAACCAGGGUUUGAAGCUGAAAGUUCUGAGCUCUCAGAUGAAGCGGAGGCUCGCAAAGGCAUUGAUGUUUUGGAGGACACAGAGUUUGCCAAGCAAUUCAUUUCAGUGUUAGAGAAGCACACGGACGAGGACGACACGAUGCGAACGGAUACCCAAGACUUACACGACGCAAGUAUUGCCAAAUCGCUACACGAUGUUGUUGUGGAACAUGGUCUUGCUGGUGCCCCUGCAGAUCAAGGCCCUGCAGCUCCAGCGCCUGCAGUCAACAAGGGCAUGCAUGCAAAGUGGUUAGAGGAGGUGCAGGUGUCCAUUGCGGCUUUCAGCGACCGAAGCCAUGCUACACUAUACACCCCUGUUGGGGACAAGGGCGAAGUGUCCUUGGUGCAUGAAGAGAGGAAUGGGGGGCACUGCGUCGAGUUUGUCAAUUGGGCGAACGCUGCUGCACGCUGGGGGCAAAAGGUGAGAGACGAGAACGGCUCCCUGAUCUUCUCCAUGGUGAUUGGAGCGCACGCCCAACCACAUCGCGGCUACGCUCACGCUACGAUAUUGCAUCCAGCAUGCGGGACCCGCAUGAUGAAGGUGACCAAGGCGCUGGGCAGGCCGAGCGUCACCCCGCAGGCGCUGCGUGUGAAGCACAUCGCUGAGAUCGCCGUGGCCGAGCCAGCUGCCCCCUUGCUUCCCUGUUUCGUUUGCGACAACAGUGAGGAGGAUGGCUUGCACCAGUGUUGCGUGUGUACGCUAGUGUGCCACAUAGCAUGCUCCAACUCCCUCGUAGAGGACUUUAGAGAGUUGGGGGUUCCGAGGUUUGAUAAUGAUAUAGUGUUGCCAGCUUGCGUGACUAACGCGCUAGGCACACACCGAGUUUGCCCUUGCUGCGUCGGUAUCUUCGGGCCACCGUAGCGCUCCUGGAGCCCCGCGCAUCCACUGCCAGUGCCCAGUCACAGUCGGGAAGCUGGUCACAUACUGUUCGGGAGCCGCUGCUCGCAUGAACAUCCGUGAGGUCGGGGUGAG